UUCAAAAAAUUAAAAAAUCGUCCUGCUCGUGUAGCGACCCCCAAAGUGACACGUAGACUACAGCAGGAAUGACAAAAUAACCUUGGAAUAUCAGAUGGUAAUUUGGGCUACAAAUUGAAAACAGCAAAAUUAAGUCUACAUGCCGUUAAACCUACGAAGUUGGGGGUCAAAUCCUAUAGGGCGACACCUGCACCAAAGUACAACCAAGGUCAGCAAAAAAGAGCGAAGCACAACUCUCGGCAGAGUGCUGAAAAAUGCGUCAAACAAAACAUGCCCGUGAUUCUGGUCGUGGAUGAUGAGACCAAGUGCUCGAUUGAUCCAGAUCAAGUCCCUGGGAGGAAGUACUACUCGUGUACUAAUAAAAAAACGUUUAAAUAUUCCUUCAAAUACACGCCGAAGUCAAAAUUCCCCACAAAGCACAUAAUCGGGCACGCAUUGGACUCAUUGGGGGACGUCUCAAAGCCGUUCGUGACCACAGCUACCAUGACCUCGGAGAGAUAUCUGAACGAUUGUGUAAAGAAGAUCUUGAUCCCCUUUAUCAAUAAUCGUAAUGUACUUUUCUGACCGGACACAGCAACAUGUCAUUCUUCAAAAGUUAUUCAGGAUUACCUGCGGUCGAAAAAAAUCGAUUUUUUGCAAAAAAGGAAUAUGCUCCCUACGUCCCUCGGGCAAGACCAAUUGAACGAUGUUGGGCAUUAUGCAAGUGAGAAUAUAGUUGUCGAACAAAACCACCCAAAAACUAGGUAAGAUUCCGUUACAUUUGGACACACACCUCAAAAGAGGUAGCGAGAAAGAGUGGCAAAGCACUUCUGGGGGCCGCGAGACAAAAUAUUCGCCAGAUAGGAAGGAUGGGGGUCUAUGGACGGAAUGAAGCAAAAAAUUGAACGCUAAGGACCUUGUUCUUAACCCCUAAAAAUGUAAUUGGAAUUAAUUAAGUGUUCCGGAUUUUACAGGAUUUUUUUCAAAAGUUUCUUUCUUUUGUAAUCGCACUCUAAUUCAUUUUUGUCCUGACUAUACCCUCCCCAUCCUUGAUAUGGAACAUUUAGAAAGAUUGAAAGCAAUUCAUGAUACCGGGUCGUUCUUCGAAUUCAAGAAUUCCUUACUGAGCCUAAAAAGUCAGUCUGCUGUUGACCCAGGGUUAAACUAUGGUUUACUAGUCGCCAGGCUGCUCGGUCACGUGGGCACAACUAAUCCCGCAUUUUCUAAGGAUGACAUUCAUUUGGACAAAGAACGCUUUGCAGAGUUUGAAAUUUUAAUUGGAGAAAGCACAAAUCUAAAUUUCCUCGAUGCUGGAGAUGGUCAAUCCAUUUUGCACAAACGGGCCAAAAUUGGCUGCCUUAAAAGCGUUUUGUUUCUGUUAAGUAGAAAUGCAAGUGUUAAUUUGGUUUCGACAAGUGGGGAUUAUCCGAUUCAUUUAGCAGCCGAGUCUGCUCAUGCAGAUUCGCUCCAAGUUAUUAAGGCCAUGGUGCUAUUUGGAGCCGACGUAAACACCAUAAACCAUGAGGGAAAAUCUGCAAGACAUAUUGUAGCUGAAAAUCCAAAGCAUGCCGAAAAUGGGAGCAAACUUUUUCGUAGCUUGGGAGCAAAAAGUUGCCCCGAAAACAGUGAAUUCCUCUGCUCACACAAUUGUGAUGGGAGCAAACGGACAGAAAAUGAGCUGAAACUGAAUUAUAAAGAAGGCCGUGAAUUUUCCAAAACUGGAAAUUAUUUUCCAUCGACUAAUCCGAAAUCUUUAUGUGUGCUAAGUUUGGAUGGUGGUGGAAUUCGUGGACUAGUGCUGACUCAAAUGCUUUUAUUUCUCGAACAGUAUACUGGCAUAGAAACAAGCGAUAUUUUCCAAUUCUACGCUGGAACAAGUACCGGCGGCAUCCUGGCGUUGGGUUUAACCACUGGCAGAUCCGUGUUGGAAUGUCAAGGGCUAUAUUUCCAGUUGAAGGAUCAAGUUUUUACAGGCGGAAAGCCAUACGAAGUCAGUAAAUUGGAAACGCUGUACAAAAAUGUUUUUGGACAUGAUAAAAGACUCGGGGAUAUUAGAGCCUCAAAAGUAAUGGUAACUGCCACCAGAGUGAGUUGUGGGAUUCCAGAUCUCCACAUUUUUCGAAGCUAUUCUCCGAAUGGAGGUUCCAACUCGGAUUUUAUNNUGGAGCGCGGCCAAACUAACUGGAGCUGCGCCUUACUAUUUCCGGAUGGAGCACGCCGACUUGGUAGAUGGAGGACUACUUGCUAAUAAUCCAAGCCUUGACGCACUCUCGGAACUAAGCAAGAUUCGGAAAAGUUCUUUGCAUACAGAAAUUUGGGGAAAGAAUCCAAAGAUGUUUGUCUCGUUAGGAACAGGAUUUAAGGCAGAUGUCGACUAUACGGCAGCAUAUCUAAAUUUGUCCUCUAAAUCCAUCGCAUCCUCAACAAAGUCACUAUCAACCUUAACAAACACGAUAAAGUUCUUUAUG